AUGAACCAGCCGCUCAACAGCCGACCCAUCAUCGGUGUGUUAGCACAGGAAGCAUGUAAAGAACAACGGACUACUGCGGGCUCAUCCUACAUCGCUGCCUCCUAUGUGAAGUUCCUGGAGUCAGCAGGGGCCAGAGUCGUACCUGUCAGAGUAAAUCUCACAGAAGAAGAAUAUACCGAGAUAUUCAACUCAAUAAACGGGUUGGUGCUGCCAGGAGGAGAGGUGUGUCCGCAGACGUCACUGUACAGUCGAACCGCCAGGAUUUUUUACAACUUGGCUCUGACGGCCAACGAUGCUUCAGACUAUUUCCCCAUCUGGGGAUCUUGCCUGGGCUUUCAGCAGCUGACCUUCUUAACAGCGAAAGAAAACCUGCUCACACCCACUGACACCCAGGCUGUGGCUCUGCCUCUCAACCUGACACAAAAGGCCUAUUCCAGCCGUCUGUUUCAGAGUUUCCCCGAAGAUGUGCUGAGGUCUCUGGCCGAGGAAAGCCUCGCUCCCCACUUCCACAAGUUUGGUCUUUCCACCAAGAACUACAGCGAAAAUGCCAGGCUGAAGAAGUUUUACAAGGUCCUGUCCACUAACCACGAUGGGAAGACAGAAUUCAUCUCCACUAUGGAAGCCUACCGGUACCCAUUUUAUGCACUUCAGUGGCAUCCGGAGAAAACCCAGUUUGAGUGGAUCGAUAAGCCGGGGAUGAUUCACUCCAGCUCUGCAAUAAAAGUCGCCUUCUACUGUGCCAACUUCUUCGUCUCUGAAGCCAGGAAGAGCAACCACCGUUUCCCGAGUCUGGAGGAGGAAGAGAGAGCGCUCAUCUACAACUUCUGUCCCCGCUUCAUGGGCUCGAGCAACAUCUUCAUUCAGAACUAUUACUUUGAUUAAUGGACGUGAGGAACAUUUUCAACCUGACAUCUACCUGAGAGCCU